GGGGGGGCAGCGGCAGGACUACAACUCCCAUGAGGCCCCGCGGCGAGGGAACUCAUUUGCGCAUGCGCACAGGAGGCAGCCGACCAGCACUACCAUUCCCGGCGUGUCCCGCGGCGCCGCGAGAGUUGCGGUGGCGAAGGGAAGUCUCGCGAGAUUUGGCGCUAUAAGCCCGUGCGCGGCGGGGCGGGCGGCCCCUUUCCGCUCCCGCCCGGCCAGCAUGGCGCCCAAGGCCAAGAAGGAGGCUGUGCCUCCGAAGACAGAGGCAAAGGCGAAGGCGCUGAAGGCCAAGAAGGCCGUCCUGAAGGGGGUCCACAGUCACAAGAAGAAGAAGAUCCGCACGUCGCCCACUUUCCGCAGGCCCAAGACCCUGCGGCUGCGGCGGCAGCCCAAGUACCCCCGGAAAAGCGCCCCACGGAGAAACAAGCUGGACCAUUAUGCCAUUAUCAAGUUCCCUUUGACCACAGAGUCUGCAAUGAAGAAGAUAGAGGACAACAACACUCUGGUUUUCAUCGUUGAUGUCAAGGCAAACAAGCACCAGAUCAAACAGGCUGUUAAGAAGCUGUAUGAUAUCGAUGUGGCCAAGGUCAACACAUUGAUUAGGCCUGAUGGGGAGAAGAAGGCUUAUGUCCGACUGGCUCCAGAUUACGAUGCGCUAGAUGUAGCCAACAAGAUCGGAAUAAUCUAAACUGCAUCCACCAAGGACUGUACAGACAGGAUAAUAAACCCUGUGACACCA